AUGAAUUGUUAUAUACUUUUAUGUAUUUUAUUCGUUAAUAUAAUUCAACGUUUCUUUAAUAUCGAAGCGUUUGCGUCCAAAAAUCUACAACAACUUCCAAAAGAUUUUCCUACAGCCUUGAUGGAUAUUGCUGCUGGAUUGCCAACGAAGAGCUUGACUGUUGUAAGAGGAAAUACUACUGACAUACGAUCUGAGGAUAUUUUUGAAAUACUAUGUAUUUUGAGUGAUAAUAACAUACAAGUAAUCAACUUGGAUUUAAAGACAGCGGAGAGCAAGGAUGGAUAUUUCAGAUACCUUAAAAAAGGCCUCGAUACAUCCGAGGAAAGGUCGAGUCUGAUCCUUUGUGAACCUGAGGAAUGUGAAGAUAUACUUUAUGAGAUAACAAUCAACAAUUAUAUACAUCGCUCUAUAUUAUAUAUAUUCUUUUGGCCACGCGGUGAAGUUAGCAAACUGUUCCUUUCUGGUAUCAAGGAGGCUAUUCGAGUUGCUGUGAUCACAAACCCGAGAACAAGCGUAUUUCGAUUAUACUACAACCAGGCGACGCCAGACAAGCUUAACCACUUGACCCUCGUCAACUGGUGGUCAGGUCGCCUCUACAAAUCCCCCGCCUUACCACCCGCUGAUAAAGUCUAUCAGGACUUCAAGGGCAGAAUCUUCAAUGUGCCCGUAUUGCAUGCACCUCCUUGGCAUUUUGUUAUUUACAAGAACGACUCUACGGUCAAUGUCACUGGUGGUCGAGACGACAAACUACUAUCACUAUUGUCGAAGAAAUUAAACUUUAAGUACCAAUAUUACGAUCCUCCGGAAAGGAGUCAAGGAUCAAGAAUCGCCGGUAACGGAACGUUCAAAGGGACUCUUGGUCUGAUUUGGAAACGUAAAGCGGACUUCUUCAUCGGUGACGUAACAAUGACUUGGGAAAGAUUACAAGCGGUUGAGUUCUCAUUUUUAACUCUCGCCGACUCAGGUGCCUUCUUAACUCAUGCUCCAGAUAAAUUGAGUGAAACUUUAGCAAUAAUCAGGCCUUUUAGAUGGGAGGUAUGGCUACUCGUUGGCGCUACCCUACUUAUGACGGGACCAGCUUUGUGGGUUGUGAUCGCAGCUCCUACAUUAUGGCAACGUCGCAAGCGAAACCAACUGGGCCUCUUGAAUAAUUGCUGCUGGUUCACCACUUCAUUAUUCUUAAGACAAUCUUCGUCCAAAGAACCAUCCAGAACACACAAGGCACGCCUAGUUUCUAUUUUCAUAUCGCUCGGAGCCACCUAUGUUAUAGGAGAUAUGUACUCUGCAAACUUAACUAGUCUCCUAGCGAGACCAGCGAGAGAACAACCGAUUGGCACGUUGCAAGCUUUAGAAGAGGCCAUGAGAGAUAAGGGAUAUGAAUUGGUCGUUGAGGGACAUAGUUCUUCAAUGGCAAUCUUACAGAACGGGACAGGAGUAUACGGUCGACUCGCUCGUCUCAUGAGACGUCAACGCAUUCAACGCGUACGAAGUGUCGAAGUAGGUGUCCGCUUGGUGUUAACAAAACGUCGGGUAGUGAUACUGGGUGGGAGAGAAACUCUGUUCUACGAUACUGAGAGAUUCGGUUCCCAUAACUUUCAUUUAAGUGAAAAAUUAUAUACACGAUACUCAGCAGUCGCUUUGCAAAUCGGUUGCCCUUAUUUGGAAUCUUUUAACAACGUGAUAAUGACUCUAUUCGAAGCAGGUAUAUUAGCUAAGAUGACAACAGACGAAUAUAAAAAUCUCCCAGAACAUUCUAGAAGAUCUGAACCGGUUACCGAGAGCGAUAAAAAGGAGAGCAGUGAUGCAAUGGAAAAUACUCAAACACCACAAACGCAACCAGAGUCCACGAUUGGCCUUGAACCAGUUUCGCUUAGAAUGCUUCGUGGAGCCUUUUGCCUUCUCAGCAUUGGUUACUUUUUAGCAGCAGUCGUUCUGGUAACAGAAAUACAAGUUCAUCGUAAGAAGGAGAAUAUAAAAACAGUGGAGCCAUUUCAGACUGCAUCAACGAAACGGAAGUCAGCGAGAGUUCGUGUUAAACAACGUUUCGAAAGGAUUUUAAGGAACAUAUAUGUAUUUCUUGAUAAGGCUUUAAGACACGAUGCUAGAGAAUAUCAAGCCUGA